AAUCUUCUAAACAAUGUAGAAACUUUCUACCUGAUGAGUUAUUUUAUUACAGUAAAACUUCAUCUACCUUCUGCACCAUGCUCAACAGUAAACUUUCUCCAACGAAGGCAGAUUCACAAGUCCUGAUAACACGACCACCACCAGACUAUGAUGAAGCCACAAAACAAUUAAAAGAAUCCAAGCAGAAUCAGUCAUAUCCGUACGUAAUCAAUCAUAUUGACAACUGUCAUUCUGGUCGAAAGUCUGUCAAAAGCCAAGCUGUUGAUGAUGUUCUGGAGAUCUUGAUCAAAAAUGGAGAACUUCCACCCAGUGCUGCUCAAGAACCACCCGUUACAGAGAAUCAAGUCCUCACCACAUUUUCAGCAACCAUCUCUCCACCCUCAAGUCAGGGAAGUCCUCCAUCUAUUGCAUCCCCUCUUGCUAUUCCAAAUAUCAGUUCAGAUCCUGUACCCUCUGCAUCAGUGAGUCUACCCAUGAGUCCACCAUCUACUGUUUUAAAUGACACAGAUCCAAGCACCACUACAAGUCUGGACUUUGAUCUUCACCUGGACCUAGAAGACUUUGAAAAUAUGGAGGUUGGUGUGUUGGGGUCAAGUGAAGAGCACAAGGUAGAGUCUAAUGACACUUACAUCCAACAGGUCAACAGCCAGCCUGCCACUGAGAGGAACUCCAUAGCUGCCUCUAGCCUUAGUGAUUCAGUACACUUGCAUGACCCAGGAAUGGACAUUGAAUUGACAGAGUGGCUUGAUUCCAUGAUGCCUGUUACGAGUACAGUGGGUCCCUCUACAAGUGGAAUCAACAACACACAGCCUAUUGGCAGUGUAACCAAUGACCAUGACCCACUUCUGUCUAACAUGAGUGUCCAGCACGACCCUUUUGACUUGUUAUGUGUUGACGAAAUAGAAUUCAAGACUCCAACUUUGAUGUGGGAUUUUGCUACUUAAAAUCGUUUCUGUGAUAUAGAGUGGUCCAGCUUUUUUUUCUCUUUACCUUGAAUGUAAUAUUUAGAAUUAGAAAUGCUAGCCAGGAUCUUGUGGUUUGAUAUACUCAUUAAAACUAAAAUUGAGGACCAAAAUACUCUUGCUGGUGCUUAGACCAUUAAAAUGAGUACGUUGAAUCAUGUGGAAAACAUUAAGUUAUUUUGUGUUUUAAAAGCUGGAACAACUUUCAUAAUUUUGUGUCAGUAAAGCCGAUUCAUCAAAAUUACCACAAUUUUUUUCCAAAACGUUUUACAUAGGAUUGUUAUGUAUUGUGUCAAUUACUUGUUUUAUAUAAUUUACAAAGUUUUUUUGAGAGUGCAUAUUUGAAAUGCAUGGUGUGAAACUGGCUUCCAAGGACACAUACCAUACAGAAGAACUGUUUCUUAUUUAGGUUUAAUUAAACACAAGAACAAAUUUGCUGAGUAAAUAAGUUUUCUAAAAGUGAUGUUUCACUUUUAUCUGUUACAUAAAAAAAAGAACUUUUAAAAUCGGUAGGCCUAGAGUGUGAUAUGAAGUUCUUUUUACAAAAAGGACGUUCACUUUAAGAAAAGGAGUUAAUAAAAUAAUUUAAAUCAUUUAAUCGUUAUUUUUGUAGCUUUAUAUGAAAUAAUACAAUUACCAAAUGUUAACAAUUAACUUGUCUUGGUGUAGGUAAGUAUUAAUGGCAUUGUUUAAUAAGCGAAAAUGGCAAGUGAACAAAAUAUUACAUACUUUUAAUUGUUUUAUUUCACAAUUACUUAAAAGAAUAACAACUGGUUAUAUUUAUUGUAUUGACUUCUUUUCAUAAUCUAAGUCAACCCUCCUUUAAAAUCAAUCUACUUAGAUUGAAAGUUGUAGUCUUAUAAGAUAAACUCUUUUGUUAACAUUUACCAACUUGUGUCCUGGAGUGUUUUGAGCUGGUAUCAUAAAUUAUGUAUAUUUGUGUAAAGUAAAAUAUUAUACUGACAGAUGGACUGUACAAUACAACAUGAGUCCAGAAGAUUUUUUUUUCAGUCAAAAUAGAUGGAAUUGUGAAACUUUAAGACACCUACAAUUUCUGCUUGAAAUAUAUGUAGUGAAAAUAAGUGGGCAAGUGUGUUUAGGUGUUUCACAAGAGUGUAGUAUAAAUAUAUUUACUAAUUGAAAAGUCAUUAUAGGCUUAAACAUAAGAUAUAAUGUUAAUAAAAUUAAUAUAUUUACUAAUCUACAAGUGAUUACAUAUAAUAUAUACUGUUAAUGAAGUUUAAUAGAUGUCCAUGAAUUAUUUUUGUUAAUUACAUCAUCAUAGUGGGCUUAUGAAAUCAAUAAAAUGUGCCUUAUUAAAAUACUUUG